AUGUCACCAUUCAACCAAACCACGGGUAACCAUCAGACCUUCACCCUGACUGGGAUUCCGGGAAUGCCAGAGAAGGACUUCUGGUUGGCCCUGCCCCUCUGUCUUCUUUACAGUUUCACAUUUCUGGGUAACGUCACCAUCCUGGUUGUCAUCAAAGCUGAGAGAAGUCUCCGUGAGCCCAUGUAUUAUUUUCUGGCUAUGCUGGCUGCGACUGAUCUCAGCCUUUCAUGGUCUUCCAUGCCCACCAUGAUCAGCGUCCACUUGUUCAACUGGCGCUCAGUGACCCUCGAUGCCUGCAUCACUCAAAUGUUCUUUAUCCAUGCCUUUGGGGGAGUGGAAUCAGGUGUGCUGGUGGCCAUGGCUUUUGAUCGUUUUGUGGCAAUUCGCUUUCCUUUGCACUAUGCUACCAUUCUCACUCAGGGAGCCAUCACCAAGAUUGGAGCAGCAGUGCUGUUGCGGAGUGUGGGGCUGGUGCUCCCUGUGCCUUUCCUCAUCAAAAGGCUACCUUUCUGCCACUCCAACAUCCUCUCCCAUGCAUGCUGCCUCCAUCAGGAUGCCAUGAGGCUUGCCUGCGCUGACACCAGCAUCAACAGCAUCUACGGCUUGCUGGCUGUGAUCUUCGCCAUUGCAUUAGAUGCCUUGAUCCUGUUGGUCUCUUACUUUCUAAUCCUCCAGGCAGUAUUGGGCAUUGCUUCCUGGGAAGAGAGACUCAAGACUCUCAACACCUGCCUCUCUCAUAUCUGUGCAGUGCUGCUUUUCUAUGUACCUCUUAUUGGCAUGACUCUGAGUCACCGCUUUGGGAAGCAUUUGUCACCAGUAGUACACACGGCCAUGGCCAACAUCUACCUGCUGCUCCCUCCGGUGCUCAAUCCUGUGGUUUACAGUGUUAGGACCAAGCAGAUCCGGCAGCGAAUUGUCCUAGUCUUCCGCAGAGGCAGGGUUGGCUCUUAG